UUUAUAAAAACCGAAGUCUUUUGACAUCUUGAAACAUUUCGGUAACUGCGAACCGAACGUGGUGUUGACAUCGUUCGGUAUCCACGAACCGAAUGUAGGGUUGCUUCGGUGGAUAUUAACCGAAGGAAUGGUUGAUUCGGUUGAUAUUAACCGAAGUUAUCUUACAUAUGAACAAUUUCAGUAAGUUCGUUUUAUUUUGAAAAACAAACCACAAAACUCCUCUCUUCCUUUCUUCUACACAUUUGCGGCCAACUUCAACAUCCAACUUCAAAUCACAUUUCAUCAAAUAUGGAAGAAAAUCUACCUAGGGGUAGGCAUGGAAAGGCAAUCAAUGCACAUGCUUCCGCUCGUAGAGAGCUUGCUGCAAAUCAUCCGUCCAAACGAGGUCGUCGCAAAGGACCAACUCCGGGGCAAGGUACACAUGAUGCCGAGGCGGGUGGGUCGCAUACACGUGGACGGACACGUCUAGGACAAUCAUUGGUGGUGCAAGAUGAAUUUGAUGCCGACCAAUUUUUAAAUGCGUGUUUUGAUUAUGAUGAUCUUGGAUCACCACAAGUCUCACCACAAGUCUCACCGCAACACUCACCGCAAGAUGAACCGCAAGACCCACCGCAACAACCACCUCGACAACAACGGCGCAAACCAGUACGCCGAAAACCACCAAAGUGUUCACGUAAUGAUGAUGAAGUAGGUUUUGGAGGAGGACCGACGGAUUUGUCCUUGUUAACGGAGUACGAUAAGCAUAUGGCUAUUCCGAUAUGGUAUGCAGACCCAAAUGACAAAGAGAUUUUAGCGGUAAAUUUACGUUGCAUCGCCAGCGGAAAAAAAGUUAUUAAUAUACAAAAACCGUCCCGCCGCACGGACAGAUGGUUUUGGGAUGUGGUUGAAGCAUCGGGUUUGGAGCCGCUUACCCGGACUAAUUUUAGCGUGCUUGACUACGGGCUCCUCUGGGCAUUUGUUGAAAGAUGGCAUACGGAGACGAGUUCAUUCCACAUUCCAUUGGGUGAGCUGGCCAUCACAUUGGACGAUGUCCAGUGUCUGUUGCAUAUUCCGAUCGAGGGAAAGUUUCUGAACCAUGGCAAAAUGUCAAGGGAUGAAGCGGCUGACAUGGUUAAUUCAUUUCUAGGAGUUGAUCGGAAUGUUGUUAUGGGUCAUUUUGCCAAAAUGAACGGGCUCCAUCUGAAGCAUUCUGACGUGGAGGAUAUCUAUAGUGUUAACCACGGAUUAGCUGAUAAAGCUGUUGCUGAAGGUAAGUCGGCGCAUGAGAUUAAGCUGUAUAGGGACAGGUCCAUACGGGCUUUCUUGCUAUUUUUGGUCUGUUGUACCAUAUUUAGCAACAAAAGCAGUUACUACGUGGACGUAGUAUACCUGCAGUAUUUUCAGGAUUUGUCGGCUGUCCGUGAAUGGAAUUGGGGUGCUGCUGCUCUGGUUCAUUUGCAACAUUAUCUGGAUGAUGCGUGUUUGGUGACAGUGAAUCAGAUGGCUGGGUACAUGUCUUUGCUUCAGGGCUGGAUAAUUUCUCAUUUUCCGGGACUUAGCGUGUGGGCGCAGGAUCCUAUCUAUUCUGAGGUCAUGCCUCGAAAUGCAAAGUUUGUUCCCGGAGCUGGACAUAGGGAACCAAGUAGCUAUAGAAACAGUUUGGAUAAUAUUCAGACGUACGACUGCGUAUUCAGUCCAUAUGAUGAUCACCGACACGUCCGCCCUUUGAUAAAUUCAUGCUGGUUUUCUGGAUGGUUGAGAUGUGGUAAUUUGAAAGCAAAGCAUUUGCCUGAACGCGUGCUUAGACAAAAAGGCCAAGCACAACAGGUCGCCUAA